GGAGGAAGCGGUUGUAAACAAUUUAACAUGUGAUACGCCAUUGCGUUCAUCCUUGUACAACCGUUAGCUAGGAAAAGGAGAUGCAUGAACACAUUUGACACAAAUAAACCUUCCGUUCACUUAACCAGAAAAGUGUCGCAGGUGGUCUGGUCACCGCAAGGCUGCAGACAUGGAACCAGCAGAGUGUCAGAUCGCUGCUCCUGCCACCGACUCUGAAGCAUCCAAGACAAGUCAGCAAACCAACCGAGUAGAGCUUUCACCGGCGAUGCGAGCUAAGAUAGAGCGGAACCGACAGCGGGCGUUGAUGCUUCGACAAGCCCGACUAGCGAGCCGAUCUCUAGCGGCGAUCGAAGGCUCAACUUCGGCCAAAGUCGCCAAGACCAUCGAUUCAGGAGCCGGAUUCUUCAUUGAGGAAGAGGACGAGGAAGACAUGCAGAGGGUCAAACCUGUGGUGCAUCAACCAGCCCCGGUGAUAGAGACCGACUACCUGGUGUGUGAUGAGUGUGGUAAACCCUUCAUGGAUUCCUACCUCAGCAACAGCUUCGACCUUUCAGUGUGCGACAAGUGCAGGGAUAACGAUGGGAAGCACCAGCUGGUGAGCCGGUCGGACGCCAAGAAGAACUUCCUGCUGAAGGACUGCGACCUGGACCUGAGAGAGCCCCCACUCCGCUGCAUCCUCCGCAAGAACCCCCACAACCCCCUCUGGGGCGACAUGAAGCUCUACCUCAGGACCCAGGUGGAGAGCAGGUGCAAGGAGGUGUUUGGCUCGGAGGAGGCGAUGGAGGAGGCCAAGGAGACGCGGCAGGAGAACAAAGAGGUGCAAGCGCAGAAGCGCUUCAACAAAAAGGUCAAAGAGUUGCGACGGGCCGUGCGUAGCAGUGUGUGGACCAAAGACUCCCAGGCACAUCAGCACCAGUACGGACCAGAGGAGGUCCUGGAUGCCGAAGAGGACCUCUACCAGAAGACCUGCUCCACCUGCGGACACACCCUCAGCUAUGAGAAGAUGUAGACACACACACGCACAGCUACAACAGGGUGUAAAGACACACACACACACUACUACGAAAGAGGAUUUAGACCCAUCUGUGGGAUGGAGAAUGCCACUGUGUGGAUCUUAGGUCCAGCUAGUUCUCCACAACUUUUCUCCAGACUACCUCACCUCCACUUCCUCUCAGACCUUGUAUGGAUUCCUGGUCUGUAUGUUGUUGGUGCUUAUGGACGUCCGUCAUACACCUGAGAUCUCAAACUCUAUCCAAUCCGGUUUUCGUUUAAAUAAAUUUUCCACAGAGACAUUAAUGACAUGUACUGUACAAGUGGCACCCGUCUGAGCAGAACCAAUGAGAGCAGUAGCUGUGUUCCCAUCGGACGACCUGUGCCGUUUCUCGCCCAGCUGUUUCCCACCCAGGUGCUUCCUGACAGAACCUGACGGGAGAACCUAAGAUGUUUUUCUUGAUUGUGGUUUUACAUCUCGUGCAUUUUCUUCCAACAACAAUGUGUGUCAUGUCUUGUCAUGCAGAGCCAUAUGCAUGUCCUUUUUGUACUGUACAAGGUAUUCGCCCACCCAGUCUAUUGAAAAAGCGUUGCGCCAAUGCUGACUCUAGCUAGACAAGAGCGUCGGUGACCAGAGCCACGAUCAAGAUGAGGGGUUGCCAGGUCACUUGACAUGUGAUGAGAUUAAUUUAAUGUCUGUAUUAUAGAUCCUCACUUAUGUCGUUGGAGUUCCGUUUUCUACCUUACUAGUACAUUUUCAGUUCCUCAACAUGAACCUAGCCAUGCUUCAGUUCACACAUUCAAACUAAGAUGUUAGGGAUUUCAAGGGACACCUGGUGUUUUUCUAUAACUGCAUCUUCAUGGGGUUCAAUUAAAAGACACAUCUGAUGUCAAAUGUAAUGUUUUUGUUGUGGAGUUAAAUCUUAAAACCUCAGUGUUCCCUUCCAAUAGGAAUGUCAACUAUUUCGUACCUUGAAUUACUGCCGCUAGAUGGUCUCUCAAUCAAUGCAUGGUUUGAUGUCAGGAAAUAAGGCCGGAUAAUUAAGACGUGUGGCCAAUGGGGUCAGCCAUUGACCAUGUCCUAGAAUGCCCUCUAGAAGAUGAGAUUUGAUGUAAAAUAUUGUUUGGCUUGUUAAAGCUGCAGCGAACCCAAAACUUUUUAAACGUUAUAUAUUUCUUAUGAAAGUCAAGUUAAUCUGUAUCAUCGUUACCUUUACCAAUUCAUUGAGAAAAUAAUGUCAGUUGUGCAGAGGUUGAUUUCGAUCCGUCAAAGAUUUGCCUAAUACAAUAAAGCCAACAUAACCUCAAUGGACCCGUUACUGGGGUUAACCACAUUUCGGAAUAGUUUGCCUUGACGCUCGUCUUUACCAUUCCGCCCAUACCAUUUGUCAGAAAUGUCUUGGUGCUGCUUCAUGAGCCACCUCAAGAGUGCAUGUCUGCUUACCUUGAAUCUGAAUUAGCCAACCUUUUGAACCUUUCCCAUUUGCGUCGUCCCUAGCCCCUAAACCACGUUAGAGGAAUAAAGAUUUCCCUUUAAUUUAAAGUUUCCCGUCAAAACGCUCCGACACAACUGAACAAAAAUGAAAACGUCACUAAUUUGGCACCCCCACCCCAUUUAAACGGCUUUCACAGUUAGCCUUAUGGAACCAAAUCGUUAAUAUCUCCUCAAUAGGCCAUGUUUCGGUGUGACUGCUAGUUGAAUGAUUUGUGGUCAGGCAAAAGUUAUAACAAAAUAUUUUUUUAUAAGCUUUAGAAAAACAGUAUCAAAAGACAAGUUUUAAAAUUCAAACGUUUUCUUAACAUCAGCCGUCUGGAAAAUAAACUCGUCCUCUGUAGCCUCCGUCUCCAAGAUCUCAUCGUCCUGAAGGGGGGAAAAAAAAGACCCAAAGCAUCACUACCAAUGUGAUGCACCAGUACCAAACUGCUGCAAUUCCAUAUAAAUAAGAUCACAAAGCAUCAAGGAAGCGCAACGCAUGCAUUCCAAGGUUUAGGCCACUCUGAACAUCUACUCACGGCACUGAAAAACUUUUCUAUGAGGUUGUGGGCCGCUUGGUACACCAUCUCGUUCUCGUGGUUCUGCAGCAUCUCAAUUCGGUCCAAGCCGCCCAGUCCCUCGACCAGCAGACACAGCUUCGCCGUCUCGCCCAGUUUCUCUGCGGCCUGCAGAAAGCAAAAAAAUAAAUAAAAGCCAAAUGCAGAUGCAUGCGGACUUAUGAGCCUAUCCGUUGCGUUAAUGACCUUCAUUGCCGUCGGAUAGGCGACCCAUGCUUUAGCUGAUUCUACAGUCCCAUGAAGACAAACUCCAGAAGCUCUUCUGGCCAAUCACAAGUGACGCCAACAGGAAGUGAGCCAUCAAAUGAUGGCCUUCAAAGAAGGACUGCUUACCAACAAAUGUGCAGUUAUUUUACAAACUAGUGGAUGAAGUUGAGAUCAUUUAUUUAUGAAAUAUAGUUGUAUUUUUUUUCUGUAGGGGAAGAGAGGACAAUGUUUCCCAGUUGGGCUAAAUGGGGGUUUAGAUUAGAAAGCAAAUAAGUGCCGUGCAUUAAUAAGACUCGCAGUGUGCCCCGUGUAGCUAGAGCACAUCUUGUAGUACUCUGGACCACUGAUGCAAGUGAGCCAAGGAGUAGCACCCUUCAUAAAACCAUUGCCAACACGUAUCCUGUGUAAAGCUUGUUGUCUGCAUACAAGUUGCAAGUAGGGAUUGUUGGGCCCAGUCAAAGUGGAGAAGA